AUGAAGUUGACUUCUGCUUUCAAGGUUUUGCCAUUCGCCUUGCUUGCUUCCGCGAGCUAUAAAGCCAACUACACCGGCUGCUUCACCAAACCGGGGUUGCUCAAGAGCCAAGGCACCUUUGACUUCCAAGGCGUCUACCACUGCCUUGCUGUCUGCAAUGACGCAGAUUUCAAGUAUGCGGCCGUUCAAAAGGACGACUGCCUGUGCGGAAACGCCGUCCCAGAACAGGCCGAUAUGACCACCGACGACGAAUGCGACUCGCCCUGCCCCGGCUGGCCCAACGACAACUGCGGCGGUGACGACGCCUGGUCGGUGUAUUUCGGGCGAAGUGGAUCGAAACCGGACUGGUUGUCGAGUAGCUCGAUUGCUGUAACAACAAGCACGUCUAAUGAAGCUGCCACUGGCACCGAGUCUGCUGCGGAGUCGACCUCCACCUCUCCCCCGUCGGAGCCUACUAAGUCGCCUUCUGGUUCUGCUCCUAUAUCAUCCGCGAAUGUAUCCACAGGUGCCUCCGCAUCUCCCUCGGCCUCCAGCAUGGAGCCAACGUCCACUCCGAACACCGCGAGUCGCCGACGUGGCCUCAUGUUCUAG